CUUGCAACGUAGCGACUAUGGCCCGUUUUCCAGCUGGUGUGACUAAGAUUUUCUCUCUGGCUGCUCUAAACUUUCUACAGCAUGACGAGACACCCGAGUGCGCCCCAGGUGGCUCCAAUGGCAACUAUAUCAUGUUCGCGCGGGCGACGACGGGCCUUCAACUGUUCAACCGGAAAUUUUCAUCCUGCAGCGUACGCAGCAUUAGCGCCGUCCUCUACGCCAUCCUCAACGGCCACUACGAUAAGGAGAACUGCUUUCUGUCUCACCAGGAGUCCUUCUGCGGCAACAAUGUGCGCGAGGAAAACGAAGACUGUGACUGUGGAUACCACGAGAAAGACUGCCAUGACUUGUGCUGCUAUGCGCGCAAGAAUUCGCAGCGUGCUGCCGGCUGCACGCUGCGCCCGAACGCACAGUGCAGCCCGUCUGCUGGAAGCUGCUGCAGCACAGAGUGCCACUAUGUCAGCGCAAAUCAUCGCUGCUCAGCGCCGAAUGACUGCAACCACGCUUCCUUCUGCAGAUAUCCUUCACUAAAUGCUUGA